CCGUCUCUGUGAGGGGCUGGACCUUCCUCUGUUACGCCGCAGGGUUUCCCGUGGAGCUGAGGGGGCUGCCAGGCCCAACCAGGCCAGGCCCUGCCGAGCCCUCUGCCAGCUCAGCCUCUCUGGGCUGCGGUGGGCAUCGCUGAGGUGGUUCAUUUACCCGCCCUCCUGGCAGCCCCCAGGUCCCUUUCCCCGCCGAGGCCUUGUGACAUCUCUUCUGUCUUUUCUGCAGAGGUUUUUCCAGGACACGAUCAUGGGUGAUCAAAUCCAGUUCAUUGUUGAGAAGCUCAAUCAGGAGCCCUUCAAGAAGAACUACAAUUUAAUCACGUUUGACUCUUUAGAGUCCGUGCAGCUGUUGCAGCUGCUCAAUGAUGUUCUGGGGGAGAUUGACCCGAAGCAUGCUGUUGACAUUAGAGAGGAGCUGCCAGAACAAACAGCUAAAAGAAUGUUGAGUCUUCUUGGUAUCCUUAAAUACAAACCUCCAGGAAGUGUAUCAGACUUGAGCACAUUUCGCCAAGGGUUAGUUACAGGAAGCAAACCUGUAAUUCACCCUGUCUUGCACUGGCUUCUUCAGAGGACCAAUGAACUCAAGAAAAGAGCUUACCUGGCACGUUUCUUAGUAAAACUGGAAGUGCCAGCAGAGUUCCUACAGGAUGACACUGUGGCUGACAUCAACAAACAGUAUGAAGAUCUGAUGGAAGCAUUUAAAAACCUACAUAAGGAGUGUGAGCAACUCAAAACAUCUGGUUUAUCUACUGCAGAAAUAAGAAGGGACAUCAGUGCAAUGGAAGAGGAAAAAGAUCAACUCAUCAAGCGAGUAGAUCGUCUUAAGAAGAGGGUGGAGACAGUACAAAAUCAUCAACGAAUGCUUGAAAUAGCAAGACAGCUGCGCUUAGAAAAAGAAAGAGAAGAGUCUUUGGCUCAACAGAAACAAGAACAAAAAAAUCAGUUGUUCUACGCCGAGCAGAGACUGCAAAGAGCACAGCUCCAGCUGAAGGAGAUGCGCCAUGCAGUAGUGGAUUCAAAACCUGAAAGUUUAAUGAAGAAACUAGAAGAGGAAAUGAAUUUCAAUUCAUACCUGGUUACUGAAAAAAUACCUAGAGAGCUUGAAAGUAAGAAGAAUUCCGUGUAUUUCUUACAGAAGGUGGUUGCAGAGCCAGCCAUGAGUCAGUCUGAUCUCAGUGUAGUUGAAAUGAAGAUAAAUGAAGUAAAUGCAGAAAUGAAUCAGCUUAUUGAGAAAAGAAUGAUGAAAUAUGAGCCAAUGGAUAGUAAAUUUUCCAUGUAUCGCCAACAGGCAUCGAUAAUUUCCCGGAAGAAGGAAGCCAAGGCAGAAGAACUGCAGGCUGCCAAGGAAGAGAUGUCCAGUGCUGAAAGGCAGAUGCUACAGAAGACCAGCCAGGCCCAUGAGUUAGAAGGUGCUGAUGUUCUGAAAGGGGAUGAGUUUAAACACUAUGUUAAUAAGCUCCGGAGCAAGAACACGUUUUAUAAAAAGAAGCGCCUGGAAAUAGCAGAAAUUACAGCUGAGUAUGGCAUCCUCCAGAGGACAGAGGAGCUGCUGAAACAGCGCCACGAGGCCCUUCAGCAGCAGUUGCAAGCUACAGAAGAGAAGAAAGGUAUUUCUGGAUAUAGCUACACCCAGGAGGAGCUGGAAAGAGUAUCUGCAGUAAAGAGUGAAAUGGAUGAAAUGAAAGGCCGGACACUGGAUAACAUGUCUGAAAUGGUGAAAAAACUAAAUGCAAUGGUGGCAGAGAAGAAGGCAAGCCUGGCUCCUGUGAUCAAAGAACUGAGGCAGUUGCGUCAGAAGUGCCAGGAAUUAACUCAAGAAUGUGAUGAAAAAAAAAUCCAGUAUGACAGUUGUGCAGCGGGAUUAGAGAGCAAUCGCUCUGCGCUGGAACAGGAAGUGAAAGGACUUCUUGAGGAGUGCGCUGAGGAAGAAAGCAACUACCGUUAUGUUAACUGCAUGAAAAGGAAUCUAGAAGUACAGCUGCAGCGUGCUAAAGAAGAAAUGAAGGUUUAUGUCUCCCCAGACCCCCAGGAGAGACGAAAGGCAAUUCGAGAACAGUACACACGGAUGAUCCUCGAACAAGAAAACCUUGGGAAGAAACUACGAGAGAAGCAGAAAGUUGUACGGGAAAAUCAUGGGCCAAACAUGAAGCAAAUGAAAAUGUGGCAGGAUUUUGAGCAGUUAAUGGAAUGCAAGAGAGAAUGUUUUCUGAAACAACAAAACCAAACAGCCAUUGGUCAAGUCAUUCAGGAAGGAGGUAAAGAUAGGCUGGUGUUAUGAAUUCUUCCUUUCUGACACCAAUCUAGGAAGACUCUGUUGGCUUCCUAAAGGUAACCUCUUACUAAAUACUGUUAUUUUCAUCAGUUCUGCAGUUUGUUGUACAUGAGUUGGUUUUGGUGGAUAAAUAAGGAGAGCAACUAACCUCUCUGCAAAACUUUCCCUCUGUUGUUUAAGCAACAAGAUAACGUGGGUAGGAGGAUCUGUUAGGAGGCACUAGGGUGAACUUGAUCAUAAAUCUUGGUUUUAUGAGGCUGGGAAUGGCAUGCAUCUGCAGAGAGAUCAAAGGAAAAGAAAUCCCUCUCCAGGGUCACAGAAAACUUAAUGUAAUUGCGCUGCUCCCUAUUCUGUAUGACUAAGGUUACAUUUUUGCAAGGCCUUGGAUUUGAUAUUGUAUAAUUGUAGACCUCCUGGCUUGGCCCUCUCCUUCCCUAUUGUCUUUACUCAUCUAGUGUGACUGGCAAGAAUGGAGCCAUUUUCACUCUGAGCUGCACAGACCUUGCCUGCACACUCCUAGUCAUACUUUCCUUGCACGGCUGAGUUAAACUGAUUGUGCUUCCAGGAGACAGUUCAUUGCUACAGCGUCAGGAGCCAGUGAGAACAAUUACUUGGAUUCUGAGUUUUUUUCCAUUAUCUUUUCUAGUUGCUUUUAGCAAAGGUAUUUUUCUUGCAUAUAUGCUUUCUAAUUUUUCUGGGCUGCCCAUGUGAAAGUGUAAACAGUGUUCAACCAAAGGCUUUCUCCACUGCAGAAAUUUUGUGCUGUUUGGUCUGUGCAGCGCAGUUUCAAAGUGAUGACACUACCCAAAGAGAGUCAUCCUGGGAUGGAGGGUUACUGAUGGAUGCAAAUAAGGCACGGUGGCCCACGCACACUUUAAAGGCAUGCCAAACACCUAGACAGGGCAAGGCUGCUGUGUGCUCUGGCUUCAGCCCAUGACCUACAGGCAACUGUCACUGCCCUUAAAAUUGUGUUAUGGGCCUCCCAGCUGACCCAGGAGAAGAGGAAUGUAGGUGAGGCUUGAAUCUGUCCGUCACGCUUCAUCAUUUCAGAUGAGCACCUCUUAGCCACAAUCAGAGAUCAGAAGCAGGGAGAUAAGUCUGCAGGACCAGAACUCUUGCUGUUCUGAUAGACAGUUGAGGGUUGGUUUUUUUCCCCAGUUUUUGCUGCCUAAUCUAGAAUGUCUUUUCAAUACAAAAAAUAAUUUUGUUCUCUCUGGCACCUAACUUUGAGCUCUUCUGUUGCUUUUUGUUUUGAGAGAGUUUGGUAAUUUUAUAGUUCCUAGUUUGCCUUUGCAUUAAAUACAUUUGUUAACAGAACUAAA